GUCACCCGCGGUCCCCGGGUGCCCGCGGCGGCGGCGACAGCCCGGCCGCGUGACCCGCGCGCGCCAAUGGCCCGGCGGUCUCCGGGGCGACGCGGAGGGUCCGCGCUCCACCGCCACCGCGCCCCCGCCCCGCGUCCGCACUGCAGAGAGCGGUGGCGAGCAGGCGCCGGCGCACUGGCCCACGUGCCGCGCCGAGAGAGCGAGAGCCGGAGGCAGAGCCAGCGACAGGGCGAGGGAGCGAGGGGCGACUGACCCCGCCGCCGCUCUGCGCAGCCCGGAGCCCGCGCCGCGGGGCCCGGGACCAGGAAGGACCCCGCCCCAGCCGGAGGCUGUGGAGACCUGGGCUGUUCUCCCCGAGUCCUAGGCUCCCGCCCCAGGGCGUUUUCCCCAGUAACAGCCUGGUCAGCCCCGGGAGCUGCUCCCUGCCCCUAAUAUCAGCCCAGCGUGGGCCGAAAUUUCGGGCGAUGGCGGUGACGAUGCUGCAGGACUGGUGCAGGUGGAUGGGCGUCAACGCUCGCAGGGGCCUGCUCAUCCUGGGCAUCCCGGAGGACUGUGAUGAAGCCGAAUUCCAAGAGUCCCUGGAGGCUGCCCUGUGGCCUAUGGGCCACUUUACUGUGCUGGGCAAAGUGUUCCGAGAGGAGGAUAACGCCACUGCGGCCCUGGUCGAGCUUGACCGGGAAGUCAACUAUGCUUUGGUCCCCAGGGAAAUCCCGGGCACCGGGGGCCCCUGGAACGUGGUCUUUGUGCCCCGUUGCUCGGGCGAGGAGUUUCUCGGUCGCGUGCUCCACUUCCUGGAGCAACAGGGGCAGACGGUGGAAAGUGUGGCCGGUGCCCUGGGUCUGGGGCUGCGCAGGGUGUGCUGGCUGCGAUCCGUCAGUCAGGCGAUCCAGCCCUGGGUGGAGACUGUGAGGUACCAGCGCCUGGGCGUGUUUUCCGGGAGGGACCAGCCGGCCCCCGGGGAGGAAUCCUUUGAGACCUGGCUAGACCACACCACUGACAUGCUGCAUGUGUGGCAGGGGGUCUCGGAAAGGGAGAGGAGGAGGAGGCUGAUGGAAGGCUUGCGAGGGACCGCCCUGCAGCUAGUGCAUGGGCUCCUGGCGGAGAAUCCCGCCAGGACUGCUCAGGACUGCCUGGCGGCCCUGAUCCAGGUGUUUGGAGACAACGAGUCCCAGGCUACCAUCCGGGUGAAGUGUUUGACUGCUCAGCAGCAGUCAGGCGAGCGUCUCUCCGCCUUCGUGUUGCGGCUGGAAGUCCUUCUGCAGAAAGCCAUCGAGAAGGGGGCCCUGGCCAGGGCCUCCGCUGACCACGUGCGCCUGAGGCAGGUGCUCACCAGGGCCAACCUGAUCGAGCCUCUGGAUGAAGCCCUGAGGAAGCUGAGAAUGGUUGGGAGGUCUCCCACAUUCCUGGAAAUGCUAGGGCUCGUCCGCGAGUCCGAGGCAUGGGAGGCCAGUCUAGCUGGGAGCGUUAGGGCCCCAGCAGAGGAAGGGGCUGGUGCCCACGCUGAUGCCCAGGCUGAUGCCAGGGCCAAUGCUAAUGCAGAGGAUGAGAAGGUGGAGAAGGAGGAAGAGGAGGUGGGCCAGCAGCAGGAGGAGGUGGUGGUGGAGGAGGAACAGGAGGAGGAGGAGGAGGAGGAGGAGGAGGGGGAAAGGGAAGACCAAGGCCAUGAUCAUGCCCCUGCAGGCCUAGGCCAGGCAGGACCCACUGAGGCCCCAGGGGGCCCCACCCCAGCUCAGAUGGGCAGUGCUUCUGACGCCAGCCCAGGAGGGCCUGGUUGUGGGCCUGAGGGCCUGGCCCAGGCAGAAGAGCAGGAAGCUGAGGAGCCCCCGCUGGAAGAGCUCAAGGACAUCCCAGAGGAGUCGGGAAAUGAGGAUGGAGCUGGGGAGACUGGCCACCCUGAGUCCUCCCCAGGUGAAUAGGCUCAGAAGGCCCAGGGGCCUCCUCUCCUCUCAGGCAGCAGAGCCCUGGAGGCAGGGGCAGGCCAGGCCAGGGCCUCCGCCUCACCCCACAUCAGAAGCAGGGCCCAGGGCAGGGCUUGCCCAGCCCAAAGCAAGUCCCUGGAUGCCCCCAGCUCUCCAAAGAGGCCCUGGCCACCACCACCAGACCUUCCCGGUGACCCCAGUGACCACGUUUGGCACCAAAUGGAGCAGGGAGAGGUGCCGGUCCCCAUGGAAGCCCCAGCCCCAGUCCUGGCCUAGAUGGGGGGCUGAAGACACCUGCCACCUGCACUGGACUGGGAGACAUUGGGGGAAAAGUCCAUCUCAAGGGUGCCAGCUGCCUGGCUCCCCCAACAGGGGCAUACCACCCCCAUUCAGUGUCCCCGGGAGCCCACCCUUAUCCGUAGGCCCCAUAAAGACCCACCUCAAGCAAACACCCACCCCCACACCAGCCAUCGUUCCUGUGCAAAGCCGUGAGGUGUGUGUCAAGCCCGGGCGGAGGUCCCUGCCCUCGCCGCCGGCCAGCUCCAGGCCCGGGCUCGUGCCGUGAGCUUCUGGGCGAGCCAAGGCCCUGCUCGCUCCUGUCCAGUGUCGUGAGCUCAACCUCUGCUUUCUCGGUGUAGAUCUAGGCCAGCUGCCUGCCGCUUGUUCCCGUGGAGAUGUGUGUGUGUUCUUAUCUGAGCAGUUCCUCCCAGGAGGCCCUGAGCCCAGUCCCCAAGAGACGGAGACCCGGACGGCGGGAAGGAUGGACGGCGAGGGCGUGGCUGACGGCCACGGCGUGGUGGUGAUGUGGCGUCGCCUCGGGCAGGAAGCACCGGACCUUGGAUGGAGGGGAAGGGCCGGGCCUGUGCGUGGACGUUCCACCCCUGUUGUCGCUUGUGACUCAGUUUCCUCGGCUUGGGGGUGUUCCCUGUCGUGCUUUGCAGUGUGCCGUGACUGUCCUGUGCCCGCCGUAGGGCAGGGGCCGCCCCACAGCAAGUCAGCCAGCCCCUCAGGGGGUUCCCGGUUGGAAGCCAGUGCUCAUUGCCAGAGGCCAUGGUCCUGGCGAGAGGCAGACCUGGGGCCCUCAGGAAGGGAGAAGGUGGCGGGAGGGCCCCAGCGUGGAGACCAGGGAGGAGGCACCUGUCUGCAGGUGUCCAGGAGGAGGGGGGCCCGGGACCUGUGGCCUCGAGUGGUCGUGAGGAGUCCCUUUAGGUGUUGUCAUCCCCUUCUCUUCAAUGGUUUCUGUACAUGUUUCUCUUCAAUAAAUCUCAUGGAU